AUGGCCGGGGGUCUCGCUCGGACGCUCCUGUGUGUACUCAUUCAGCGCAGAGGUCGUGUGUCAGGGGCCAAAGGGUCUGUGGGGGGUGGGGGUGAGCAGGGAGCACGCUGGAGGUGUGGGGGGCACAUGCCUGGAGGUAGGGACGGCAGUGUCCAGCUGAUGAAAGGGCCACAGAGGGUCCAUUUCACUCAGGCUGAAGAGAGGGGGACUACAGUCAGUGUUGGCAGAGUAAACAGUCCUGAGCACCAGGAUCACACCGACACACGCCGCACAAUGCACAGAACAGACACGCUGAGGUGA